AGCAGGGAGGAGGGCCGGGAUCGCCUGGAGCUGCGCGGAAUUCGCUGUGAACGUCAGGCGCUGGCUCCCUGGCUAGCUCACUCGCUCCGACCGGCUCCCUGCGCCUCAUCCCUGGACUGUGCGGCGACCCGGGCCCGGUCGGGCGCGGGGCGAGCAGAGUCCACGGGCGAGAGGCGCGCGCUCUGGGCAGCGCCCGGCCCCGGGCAUGGACAGAAGGAGCUGGGCGCGCAGGGGGCGCCGCGGGACAGGGCGGCCGGAGCGCUGAGCCAGACAAAGGCUCAGGAGUUGCGCUUGCUCUCGGGAGCCCGGCCCCGGGAGCCGAGGCUGCUGGACCCCGCGGCAGGCGGCUCCGGCCCUCCCUCUCCCCCGUGGGCCGGCUCUGCGCGGCGGGACCUGCCCGGCCCGCUUCUCCUCGGGCGUGGGAAUUUGUCGAGGAGACCUAAGUGGCUCCGGCGACGACUGCGACCGGGAGGUCUGCCGCGCGCCCGCCGGGCGAGGAGCCAGGGAGCGUCGCAAGUUUCCGACCCGAGUGCGAGGACCCGGCGCCGGUGAGCGGGCGAUCCCCGCUUGCAGCGCUCCGGGCCCGGCUGGGCUCCGAGAGCAUGGGCAGCGACCGGAGCGCGCCCAGACGGCUGGGCUGGGCGGGCUGUCUCCUUGGAGGCCGGGAAGCGGCGGCGCGGCCGCGAUUGCUGCCUCUGCUGCUGGUGCUUCUGGGCUGCUUGGGCCGCGGCGCAGCGGCGGAGGACGCAGAAGUCAAUGCCGAGAACUGGCUGCGGCUCUAUGGCUACUUGCCCCAGCCCAGCCGCCACAUGUCCACCAUGCGCUCCACCCAGAUCCUGGCCUCGGCCCUCGCCGAGAUGCAGCGCUUCUACGGGAUCCCUGUCACUGGUGUGCUCGACGAAGAGACCAAGACGUGGAUGAAGCGGCCCCGCUGUGGGGUGCCAGACCAGUUUGGGACACGCGUGAAAGCCAAUCUGCGGCGGCGACGGAAGCGCUACGCCCUCACUGGGAGGAAGUGGAACAAUCACCACCUGACCUUCAGCAUCCAGAACUACACAGAGAAGCUGGGCUGGUACCACUCGCUGGAGGCGGUGCGCCGGGCCUUCCGUGUGUGGGAGCAGGCCACGCCCCUGGUCUUCCAGGAGGUACCCUACGAGGACAUCCGGCUGCGUCGGCAGAAGGAGGCCGACAUCAUGGUACUCUUUGCCUCUGGCUUCCACGGCGACAGCUCACCGUUUGAUGGCACAGGUGGCUUUCUGGCCCACGCCUAUUUCCCUGGCCCUGGCCUGGGUGGGGACACCCAUUUCGAUGCAGAUGAGCCCUGGACCUUCUCCAGCACUGACCUGCAUGGGAACAGCCUCUUCCUGGUAGCGGUGCACGAGCUGGGCCACGCACUGGGGCUGGAGCACUCAAGUAACCCCAGUGCCAUCAUGGCGCCAUUCUAUCAGUGGAUGGACAUUGACAACUUCCAGCUGCCCGAGGACGACCUCCGGGGCAUUCAGCAGCUCUAUGGCACCCCAGAUGGUCAGCCACAGCCCACCCAACCCCUUCCCACUGUGACUCCCCGGCGGCCAGGCCGGCCGGACCAUCGGCCCCCAAGACCCCCUCAGCCACCACCCCCAGGCGGGAAGCCGGAGCGGCCCCCAAGGCCAGGCCCCCCAGCCCAGCCCCGAGCCACAGAGCGGCCUGACCAGUAUGGUCCCAACAUCUGCGACGGGGACUUUGACACCGUGGCCAUGCUGCGUGGGGAGAUGUUCGUGUUCAAGGGCCGCUGGUUCUGGCGGGUCCGGCAUAACCGUGUCCUGGACAACUAUCCCAUGCCCAUCGGGCACUUCUGGCGUGGUCUGCCCAGUGACAUCAGUGCUGCCUAUGAGCGCCAGGAUGGGCGUUUUGUCUUUUUCAAAGGUGACCACUACUGGCUCUUCCGAGAGGCAAACCUGGAGCCUGGCUACCCACAGCCUCUGACCUCCUAUGGCCUGGACAUUCCCUAUGAUCGCAUCGACACAGCUAUCUGGUGGGAGCCCACGGGUCACACCUUCUUCUUCCAAGAGGACAGGUAUUGGCGCUUCAACGAGGACACGCAGCGUGGAGACCCUGGCUACCCCAAGCCCAUCAGUGUGUGGCAGGGGAUUCCUGCCUCCCCUAAAGGGGCCUUCCUGAGCAAUGAUGCAGCCUACACCUACUUCUACAAGGGCACCAAGUACUGGAAGUUUGACAAUGAGCGCCUGCGAAUGGAGCCCGGCUACCCCAAGUCCAUCCUGCGGGACUUCAUGGGCUGCCAGGAGCAUGUGGAGCCAGGGCCCCGAUGGCCCGACGUGGCCCGUCCACCCUUCAACCCUGAUGGGGGUGCAGAGCCCGGGGUGGGCGGUGAUAGCGAGGAGGGCGAGGAGGGCCAUGAGGCAGGCCCGGGUGGUGGAGAGGGGGACUUCGGGGCGGGGACAGACGAGGACGGAGGCAGCCGAGUGGUGGUGCAGAUGGAGGAGGUCACUCGGACAGUGAACAUGGUGAUGGUGCUGGUGCCCCCGCUGCUGCUGCUGCUCUGCAUCCUGGGCCUCACCUACGCCCUGGUGCAGAUGCAGCGCAAGGGUGCGCCCCGCAUGCUCCUCUACUGCAAGCGCUCCCUGCAAGAGUGGGUCUGACCCUCCGCACCAGCCCCUCCUGCUCCUCACGGUGCUAAGGGGCCGGGCUGGCCGCACCUGUGGUUCUGAGAUGGCUCCUGGGGCCUUUCAGCAAGAGCCUUCGGUGGCUCCCUCAGCCUCUGGGUGGAGGCUCCUCCAGGCCCUCCAACAUCCCUGCCAGCCCUGUCCCCUUGUUUAUUUAUGCCCAGGUAUCUUUUUUUUUUUUUUUUUUGCACACUAAUUGAGCAUUUCUUUCUACUUUCCUGACUGGGCAGUCCCUCAGGGCAGAGGGUUAGAGUUUUCUAAUUGUAGUUCUGCACCAGACAGGGAAUUAGACCCCAUCCCCCACCCCUGGCUUGUUCACAGCCAGAGGAGCGGAGGGGCAGAAGGCCCAGUUGGAAGAAUGACUGAAGGGCUGUUCUUCAGUGUGAGCACCACAGGGCCAGAACUCUGGGCUCUGUUAGAUUUGGAGCCUGGUGGGGCCUAACUGGUCUCUACCCCACUGAGUCUCUCUGGUCUUAGGAAGAAGAGCUUUCACCCAAGGGCAGCCCCAGGCCAGAGGGGGAGGGGAGGGGACUGACCAAGCGUGAGUCCUGUUGAGGUUUGGUUCCUUCCCACCCCACCUCUGAUAACCCCAGCAGCCUGGGUUCCUUGUGCCUAAGAACCCCACCCCACCCGACCCCUGGCCAGCCCAGGGCCAGAAGCCUCUAACUCCCCUGUACCCCUCGAGCCCACAUCUCCUUCCCUCUCUGGAGAAGGGGCCCUGGGCCUGCCUUACCAAGGACCAAAUGGGGUCUGCCAAGGCCCUUCCCCCAAGGGUAGCACCGGCCUCGCCACGCAGGCUGGGCUUCCAACACCCUGCCCACUGUCUCCUCUCUGAGCUGUGACCCAAAUGGGCUCUUUCUAUGAGCCCCCUCCCACCCUCUGUCACCCACACCACCAUCCUCAGGGGUCUCAGAACCCCACCAGCCUCAGGCUCAGCUGCCAGUGUCCGAGCUCUCCCAGGAAGAGAGGGGGCUGAUGGGUGCCCAAGCUGAGGUGGUAGAUGUUCACGGACGCGUGCCCACUAGGCUUGGGGGUUCUUCCCUUCCAGCUCCCUGUCCCCCAGGGCACUGGGAGCAGGGAUACUGCUAGGGAAAGCCAGCAGCUUGUCCCCUCACACAGACUAGGAUGGGGCUAGUGAGCCUUCCCAAAGGAGCCCAAGAUAGCCUGGAGACACCUCCUCCUGGGCUCACGUUUCCUUCCCAAAGUUAGCAGGAGGCGAGGCUGCUGUGGGAAAUGGUACUGUACAGCCGGCUCUGUCCCCUCUACUUUCCUGCAGCCCUGAGCAAGCAGGUUUGACACCCAGAAUCCCCUGGGCCCCUGGGGGUAGGGGCUUCUCAUGGGCUGGCUCCCAGUGCGGGUCCAGCUGCUUCUUCCCCCUCUCCAUCCUCAGAACCACCGGAGAGCCAGCCAAGGGGGGCGGGAGGGGGUCAUUGUCCACCCCCAUACGUUUCUUUCUGUAAAUAAUCUGCACUGAUUAAACUGUACAGCCGG